GAGUGGUACCCCCGCCUGCUACUCCGGCUAGUGCCUGCGCCGCCCUCCACGUUGCUGACGACGCGUCGAUUUUUUGUCCCGUGCUGAGCCGGCCAGCUCCAGCGCCGAGCCAAACACCCCCCCCUUCCGCCGCCCCGGUGGUAGCCUGUCGCUGAUCUGCCGCGUCCUCGACUCACCCGCCUCCGGCCAUCAUCGUGAGACGCUGCACUGAUGGAGUCUUCUGAUUCUCUGCCCUCACACACUGAAGAUGCUCAGCAUGGGUCGCCGCGGGAAGACACUACUAGAAGCACAGGGUCCUUUCGAUGCCAGCGCCUGGUGGCGAUGCCAAUUACCAAUCGACGAGCUGUGGCAACAAGCAUACUUGCAGCAACGUGCCAUGAGGCCCCAAAUAUUUGCUGGCUUCAACCUGAACAGGUCUUGCAGGGUACCUUCUGUCCAGGUGCUGAACGCCAGCCGCCCAGGAUCAUCUUGCGAAACAUCAGAUCAAGCAUAAGUUCUCCUUUUGCACAGUUUUUGCUGCAUUUCAGAUGACGUAUCAGCUAUAAUUGAAGGCCAUAGGAAGCAGGUUGAUUAGCUAACGACGACGCAGAUCAACAGAACCAGAGAACUAAGCUUGAUGUCGGCAGCUGGUCUGGAUCCGUCUAUGACCAACGAAAUGGGUCUUGGCAGGGACAGGGAGGUCCCUCUCUGUAUCUCUCAUUUAUUCUGACAAGGACUGAGGCUGGGGUAAAACUAUUGUAUUCAAAUUGAAAAUAUGCUUACGAAUGAAAUGAACUAGUUGUGGCAAAGUUAUUGUAUUUACAGUGCCAA